AUGCAAGCAGCGGAGGAAAAGGAAGAAAAAGGAGGAGGGCAAAUGCGAACCCCAUGCGGGAACGCACCGCCCUCCCUGGUCACAAGGAAAAUUAAGCAGACACACGCCUACACUAUUCGCGGACCUACAACAAACACAUACUUCACGCUUCGUGUGAGCGCUGAUACCGCCGCCGUGCCACCACUGCCCCGUGUGGCAGCAGCAGUCUCCCCUUCCGCGUCCACCUCUAGAGCUAGAGCGAGGGGGCAGAAGCCACACCAAACAUUACCAUCCCAAACCUCAUCAAAUUCGUCCCCCUUGUCCGUGUUUCCUCAGCUGUCCUCUCCCCCCACGUCCACCUUGUGGCAACCGCCCUGCGUUGCGCUGGAGCAUCGCUGGCGUUUCAUCCGGAAGGAGGAAUUUUGCCUCGUGCGUUCUCCGCUUGGAACAGAGACGACGGCAAUAAAUCACGCGUCAAGGAACGAGCCGUCCGCCCUGCGGCGCCUGGCCGAGGAACAUUCACUCCCCUCUAUGCAUCCACUGUGCAGAAGACAACCGCAGUCGUCAUCAACGGAUCGACCUGAGGAGGAGCUAGCGAUGCAGCAGAUUCAGGAUAUGAGGCUGAGGACGUGGGGGCUGCGGCGAGGGUGGCUUGAAGAGAUGCUGCAGGACGACGAUGGCGUUGGUGACGCAGGUAAGGAAGAAACUUCUCCGGCAACGGAUCCAAGCCCCCUCGGCAAUGCGGACGGGACCGUGCGCCCAACACCACCGGUCUUUUUAGGCAUUAAGUCCGCACCAGCAAUGAACGCAGCCAGUGAAGGGACGGCAGCGACGACGACGACGGGAGCGAUGAUAUUAGCGGCGGAUGGGGAUGGGGAUGGGGAUGGGGAUGGGGAUGGGGAUGGGGAUGAUGUUAGCGGCAAGAAAGCCGCACGAGGUGGGAAUAUUCCCGGUGGAAGACGCCUCUCCAUCCCGGCACCACCUCCACCUCACUCAACGGCAACAGAAAAAGCUGACGGCAAAAUCCCUCGCCCAGUGUCCACGAUCGCAGUUGCGGCGCAGCGUCUCCGUGACAAGUUGUUGACGGCCUCCUUCCAGAGAAUGGUCAAUGAUCUCGUGGAAACGCAUGCGUACACUCCAGAAGAACAGGUGGCGCUCUUCCGUCACGCCCACAUAUUCCGUGAACUUCCGCUUCAGUCACGCUACCACGAGAUGCACCCAAUAUGUGAUUUGCGUCCCGCCAGCGAAGAUUUUCUUCCGGUAAAAGAUUUCAACGCCGCCGCGCGUGAAAAUAAAAGUACGGCUUUUCGUCAGAGGCGGCAGAGGCGGCAGCAGCAGAAUGAAUGUGCGACGACAGGACUGUUAGGGUAA